AUGGAUAACUCAACUGAGAUUGUGUCUUUUGUGCUGGCUGCAUAUGGUAAUAUAGGAAACUUAAAAUACUUGUAUUUUAGCAUAAUGCUGGUAUGGUACCUCUCUAUUUGUGUGUCAAACACUAUUCUUAUUGUGGUCAUAUAUAUGGACAGAAGAUUGCAUGAGCCGAUGUAUAUACUAUUAUGUAAUUUAUUUUUGAAUGAAAUGGGUGGCAGCACAUCAGUGUAUCCUCUUCUGCUCUCACAGAUGUUUUCAGAUACGCAUGAAGUGACACUGCCAUGGUGUUUUCUGCAGAUGUGUUGUGUCUACACAUGUAGUUCUAUUGAGUUUUGCAGUUUAGCAGCUAUGGCCUAUGACAGACAUGUGUGUAUCUGUUAUCCUCUACACUACAAUGCCAUUAUGAGCACAGGGAGAGUAGGUGCGAUCCUUCUGCUUAUAUGGAUGUAUUCAUUUGCUAACUUUAUUUUCUCAUUUUCAUUCAUCAUCCCUUUGAGAUUUUGUGGAAAUGUAAUUGACAAAGUAUUUUGUGACCACCACUUAGUGAUAAAACUUGCAUGUUCAGUCUCAGUACUUGCCAGCAUGUCCGACCUGUUUUUUGCCUUUGUGACUAUGGUUAUCCCAUUUAGUCUUAUUUUAGUCUCUUACGUGAAGAUUUUGUCGGUUUGUCUAAAUACGUCCAAAGAAAACAGACAUAAAGCCAUUAGCACCUGCACACCUCAGAUUGUCUCACUGUCAAAUAUGUUUGUUGGUGCCAUUUUUCAUUUUGUGGAUUCCAGGUUUGAUGUGGCCCAUGUCACAAAUAAAGUGCGCAUUAUUUUAUCUGUAUAUAUCUUUGUUUUCCAACCAAUGAUCACCCCCUUUAUGUAUGGAUUUAAGCUACCCAAAAUAAGAGCAUCAUGUAAAAGACUUCUGUUUUAUUGA